UGGGAUUAAUUGUUCUAGAGAGUAUAUGGGUUGGCCAAUUGUUCAGGGAACUCCAGUGGGAGCCUAAGCUAAGAAUGACCAAGGCUCUGGGGACCCUGCUGCCUACAGCCAUGCUGUGCCAGCCACAGAGGUGGGCUCUCCUCUCGGCCACACUUCUGCUUCUCCUCGAGUUCCAGGUUCUGGUUACUCGUGGCAAAUUGACUGAAGAGGAAGACAGACAUUCAGGAAAGUUGCUCUUGAAAAAUUACUUACCUGCCACCGUGGAGUAUGCCAUGCACAUGUUCAACUUGGAGAGUAAGGACAUAAAUGCCUACAGACUGACACGUAUCCUGAAUUCCUGGAAGGAGCCGGACGAUUCCAGCAUAACGUUCUCCAUGGUGCUGCUGCUUCGCAGAACAGAGUGUGGGAAAUUCGAAGACAAUAUAGACAACUGUCAAUUUGAGACAAACCAAGAGUUGAACAAAGAAUUUAACUGCUUCUUCACCAUCACUACCGAGCCUUGGAAGACUUUGUUUAAACUCCAGAAGAAGAUCUGCUCAGAGAUUCCCCUCUGAGUUCUGCUCCGCUAUCACAUCUGCCUUCUGAGACAGCAUUUCUCAGGAGAUGACCUCCAUUUCUGAACAGUAGGAGGUGGAUUCUUCCCUUUCUUCACAAGAAUCUCAUAUUCAGUCAAUGUGAUAUUCCCCACCGUACACUUCAUUGAGAGCAGAUCAUUAAACUCUAGCAUUUUUAAUAA